UAGGUUUCCAUGGUAACCUGUGAAAAUAACAUGACGAUGUUGACUCUAAGCUGAUUUUAAAUUUUAUUAAAUAUCUUUUACAUAAGUAGUUUGAAUUAACUUAAAAGUAUUUUGAAAGUGAUGCCUGUAAUGAAAGAUAAUCCUUUACUAUCUCCAAAUAAUUUCUUCUCAAGCAUAAAUUCGUAACAUUAUUUAUCAAAGGAUACUGAAAGUAAGCCACUAGAUGUUUAUUUAGAGUUUCUGACUAAUUGAGAUCACAAACCGUACUUUCACAGAUACGGAUGUAUUACUGUCUUGAAUGAGCAUCAUUUUUAUGAAAUAAAGCACAGUUAUGAUUGCUUAGAAACAAUAUGAAUCGCUACGUGGUCUUACAGCAACUAGGCGAUGGUACCUAUGGAUCGGUAGUGCUCGCACAAAGACGAGACACAGGGGAAAAAGUUGCUAUCAAACGUAUGAAACGUAAAUAUUAUUCAUGGGAUGAAGCCAUGAAUCUUCGAGAAGUGAAAUCGCUUAAAAAACUCAACCACGCCAAUAUAGUUAAAUUAAGGGAAGUCAUACGAGAGAACGACACUCUGUAUUUCGUAUUUGAAUAUAUGCGGGGAAAUCUGUACCAGCUGAUACGGGAUGCCGAUCGUGCAUUCCCAGAACCGGUGCUGAGAAACAUCAUAUACCAGGUUCUGCAAGGGCUAGCACAUAUGCAUCGACACGGCUUCUUUCACCGCGAUCUAAAACCGGAAAAUUUGCUGUGCUGCGGACCGGAAUUGGUGAAAAUCGCCGACUUGGGUCUCGCCAGAGAAGUCCGGUCGAGGCCGCCCUACACGGAUUAUGUGUCGACGCGAUGGUAUCGAGCACCCGAAGUCCUGCUACACGACACCCGAUACGGAGCACCCAUCGAUUUAUGGGCGUUAGGGUGCAUCACAGCGGAAUUGUACACAUGUCGUCCGUUAUUCCCAGGGAAUUCAGAAAUCGAUCAGUUGCAUAAAAUAUGUGCUACACUCGGAACUCCCGAUCGGGAUGAGUGGCCUGAAGGCUAUUCUCUCGCGGAAGCUUUGCGUUUUCGGUUCCCUAUAAGUGCAGGCGUACCAUUAGCGCGAGUUGUGCCGACGGCCUCUCCCCCAGCACUUGCUCUACUUGCUGCUCUACUGCGAUAUCCACCAAGAGAUCGACCUACUGCACCUCAAGCUCUACGAUUUCCAUACUUCGCCGUCGGCGCUGCCCUUGUAUUACCUCCACCUGCGUCGAGAGCGAGGAGGACGAGCAUUAGAGGAGACACAGAGAUCUUAGGUCAAGCGGCUGCGUCCGUAAACAAGACGCCGGCUUCAGUAGCACCAGUACCUCUGGUCAACUUGGCGCCACUUCGAGAUCGUUUUGCUGAUAUACUCGGGGGUGAAGUAGUACAUGAAACAGGCGGGGGUGAGCAAGUGUUGAGGCGUACGUCCGGUGCCAGAGGCCGCAGUGUGGUCGCGGCUCAGCUACCGGCUCCUCCGAUUGUACCCUUGAUGGCGCAGUCCGGAGGAGCUGCUGCUGCGUACCUCGGCGCCGCACGAUAUGUCGCCGGCUCUAAAAUAGACACCUCCCUAUUCCGAACGAUUCCUCUGAGAGCGCACCGAGAAGCUACUACCGUUGGGAGCGGCGCGGCGCGAGUCGAUUGGGCGGCUAAGUACCUUCGUUGACCAGCGCAGCAGACUGGAAAUCAGACUACUGGCAGUAGUAAUGCACGUGUGUUUGUAAUGUCUGUAUACAUUUGGAACAUUCUAAAUUAAAAAACAAAGUCCAUGACGGGGAUUAAAAGUUUAGCUCGUGGUGACGUAGAUUUUAAACGUUGUUCGCCAAAAUGUGUUUUGUGGCCGACAGUGAAAUAGAACUCAAUUGGGCUUAAUGUUGGCACCCGAUAGUACGGACGAUUUAUGAAAGACCUUAAUACGUAAGAUGAAGUGUGUUCAUGGCAACAUUUGGCAGUUCUUUAUUUGCUUUUAUUUCCUCAAAGAACGAGCACGCGGCCUAUAUAUAAGAAAGUGGUCACCGAAUACAAUCGCGCCUAAGGUUUGAGCCCCGUGAGCUCACUUAUUAGUUAAGGCCACGCUGAUAUAGCCUCUCAAGGCUAUCAGCUUUAGUAGGAAAAAAAAAGAAGAAUACAAUCUAUUGUUCAGGCCGUAAAAUAUUCUUAACUUCUUUAAAAUGGUAACGAUCAGCUAACGAAAGGGAAAGUUCAUUCCAGUUUGAACGCUUGACCUGCUGUACUAAGAUCUAGGCGUUGCUGAUAAAAUUAGGGAACUCUAUUCUCACUGCGACUCGUACGAUAAUCAAAAGAGUUAUAUCUGUGUGUAUUAAGAGUCAACUGCACCAGCUUAAUAGCAGUGCCAGCGGUAGACGAUAGAUGUUUUAUUGAGUUUUGGCAUAGACCAGCUGAUCCAAUCUGGUAUUGGUACCGGAUCCCCUAAAUGUCAGAAACGAGAAUUCUGUCACCCACCAUGAUCAAUGCUUCAAUUGUAUUAUGCGGGUGUAACGACUGUAGAUCUUCCGAUCAGAACGCACGACUGCAUUAUGGUAGGCAGCGGCUUGUCUCUGCUCCUGGCAUUGCUGACAUCCAUGAGCGACGGUGACCACUUAGCAUAAGGUGGGCUAUAUGCUCGUCUGCCCACAAAUGCAGUAAAAAAAAUGAGUUGAGAACAGGAAAAAAUACUAAGACUCAUAUGCAUUAUCUGAAUUUUUAUGAAGCCUAAAAAUGUUAUGGCUCAAAAUUUGUAAAAUACCAUAAUAAUAAUAUAAUUUGGAUUUGUGUAUGGCAGCAUUAUGAAUUGAACUUUCUGGUCAAUUAUUGUUAAAUUAUGAAUCUUCGCUAAUACAUUAAUAAUUGCAACUGUUUCACUUUAAGUCAUUUGAUGUCACAAAGCAUGGGAGCUGUAACUUAUUUAUAUUUACUUGUUUAUGAAUGUCUAGUAUUUAUUAAGGCUUACAAGGUAAAUGUGGUUUUUCAUUUUUUAAUUGCAUUAGAUGGAUAAACAAUUCUUUUCAAUUGUUUGUAGUUUGGCAGAAGAGUCAUAGUCAUCAGUUCAGUGGAUAAACAAUAAAAUAAUUUUAAUGAUUAUUUCUGAAAAUUAGCAACUCUGUUGAUUUUUUUGUUGUAUUCUAGAAGUUUAAUGUAGUUUAUCAUUUACUUAACCCCCUUUUUAUAAUAAAAGGAUAGGAUAUCUUAAUUGGUGUUGUUUAAUUUAGUUAAAUAUUUUGUUAUCCAAAACCUUAGCUUAAACUUUUAGCUGAUGUAGUGAGGAUUGUAGUAGCCAUAUUUGGUAACAAAUUAGUGUUUAGUUUGGAUGUAUAUAUAUUGAUUAAAUUAGAUUGGUUUUAAAGAUAAUAGUUUUUUUCUUCAUAGCUGUGGCUCACGUUGAAGGGAUGUGUUAAAAUUUGGAUAGACUGAAAAACACAAAAAUAACUUGGUAUAAUAUAUUAUUUACACAAUUUGUUUCAUAUAAAAUUUGAAAGCUAUUAACAAUGUAGGUUUGUGGAGAACAGGAGGCACAGUUUACUCGUAUUUGAGGUAGGGCUUUGACUCGAGGGGAUGGGGUGCCGGGAGUGGCCAUGCAUCAGCUGGCCAGCCAAGCAUACGGCCCCAGCCGAGCCCACUGGCUGCAGUAGUGGACCUUUCGCGCUUUGGUGAUGCUGUUGAAAUGUUUACUGACACACCUUUUAUAAUAUGAUCUUGUCCACACAAGGACCUUGCUACUUCUGGGUCAAGAAACGUCACAAAGCUGAAUGCACGAAAGGGUCGCGGCACAAACACAUCUGUCACUUGACCAAAGGAGCCGAAGUACUCUCUGAGAUCUUCGGCUGUAAUAUUCUCCGUACAACGGCCGACGAAUACCUUUCGAUGAGCCGUCGACGAGCCGUCCUUGCCGUUCGGGAUGCGAACAUCGCACCAGCGCCCGUCUAUCAUGUGUCGGCGGCCUAAUGCACGCAGUUGAGCUUCGUACUCGGCGAAUUUGAUGAAGCCAAAACCUUUGGAUAGUCCGGUGCGCGUAUCGCGUUUUACUUGAACCAUCAGCAAAUCGCCAAAGGAGGAGAAGUAAUCUCGUACAGCUUCUUCUGUCGUCUUCCAUGGUAAGCCGAGAACUAUAAGAUCGGAGCAUCGUGGUCGAGGCGGCGGCGAUUCCGCGCGUGGGAAGGCACACCAAUAUCGGUAGGCCGGCCAGCCCUCCGCCGGUGGUGACAGGCGCUCGUCGACGAGGCGUACGCCGCGUAGUCUCCCGUUCACUCGGUACUUCAGGCCGCUGGCACCUGCGAACUGCGCUGCCACGGUCGACAGUAGCAGCGAGCCGUCUUCUUCGGUUGGCAGCUCAAUGGGCUCGUCUUGCUCGCCCUCGCUUACCGGCACGUACUCCGUCAUCUUGCUCACCGACCAACGCUGACCUUCCACUUCCUCAUCUCGUUUAUCUACUCGCACGGCUUUGAGACUCUGGUUAAGUCCUAAUUCUUGUAUAAGUAGUAUAUUAUUUUGUAAAUCAAGCCAGAAAUUCUUAUAAUACUCGUGACGUAUGUGACGU